CCCGACGUACUAGAAGUUCAUCGAGGCCAACGCGAAGCUACCCUACCACCAACCCUAGCACGCAUACACGAGAAGCGAGCACGACCUUUGGCAGAGGCCUCUCCCCACGAUGUGGUCCAACGUGGGAGGCGGCAAGCCUCAGAUGAGCUACGCAGACCUGUUGCGCAAGGCAAAGGAGGCCAAGAUGGGCGAUGUCGAGGCAUCGUCGCCCGCUUCGGGCACAUCUGCAGCAACGUCAUCCCGUCCCAAUGCUGGACCUUCAUUUUUGGUGUCACCAAGCCCCGUCAGGCCUGGCGUGAAUUCGACCCCUCCUGCCAAGACCGUACCGACCUUUCCAGCAGCUAUGCCUCGACCCACGUUCUCCAGUCCUAUCAAGGCGCCGCUCGCCAUCGCGAGUGCUACGCCACCGCGACCUUCCCAAGUCAAUGGAGCAGCAAAGGGCCUCCACGAUCCGACGCCAGCAGAGCAGAAGCCCCCCCUGAUCGCAGACGACAAGGCGGUUAAGCCGACUGCAUUGCCCUCACUGUCGAACAAUAUCUGGGAGCUGAGGAGGCAGCAAAGAGCGGCAGCGUCAGCGCAAGCACAGACUGCUCCACCAGCCGGAAGGCCAGCAUCGAGUCCAUACACCUCGUCGGAGGCGCCCGCUCGCGCUAAUGCCGCAGUCCCAGCAGCAUCGUCCACCAAGACGGAGGAAAUUAGCGAUGCAGCGAAGGAUGCCCCUUAUGCGGCAAGCGACGAAACCGCAGGAGGGAGUAUCGGCAAGGCCGUAGCGGUCGCAAGCAAUGCAACGAAGAUGGAGACACGAGCCCAGACACCAUCCCAGACACCAGGAUCUACGAAGCCUCGAUCGUCAUCUGACGCAGCAGAUGUCGUCGAACGAUUGCGCUCACCGUUGACACCAUCUCCGACCAAAGCAACGGAGCCUCUGUCUUCGUUACAAGCAGUGAAGAUCAAGCCAAGAGACUACGACGAUGCCUGGCUGAGCCGAGUGGCACUAAUCAAUGAAGGUCACCACAAGAUCGCAAAGGAGGCGGUCACAGCUGCGCGGGCUGACAGCGACGGAGAGCGCAAGCCAGCUUGGGGCAAAGCUGUUCGUGGAGGAGCCCUGGCUUCCCCGGUUCCCCUGCCUGAAGACGCUCCCUCAGCAGUUGAUGCAAAGUCACCGCCUCCCACAACAGCGGCAAAAGGUCUCGAGAUCAAGACUGAUAAGGGAGCGAAGAGUGACGCAGCAUCGGACAAAACAUUACCGCCGCCUCUCGUCUUCUCAGCUCAAGAAAAGAGUAACUGGCCUUCCCUCGAUGAAGCAGAGAAGUCGUCCACUGCAUCGACGACGCAGAGCACGCCUGCGCAGCAGCAUGCCACUGUCUCGACUGGCAGCUCGACUCCCGGCAGCGCCGUAAGCACUGGCAGCGGUCUUGAAGCCAUCAAAGGCCUGCAGAUCAGAAGCGGCAGCGGGCAGCGUAAGGCAGGGAAGCAAUGGGUAGAAAUCGUCCCCGAGAUCACGCACGCUUCGCCGCUGCCUGCUCGUAAGGGUGUCAGCGCUAGCAAGGGAAAGAAAGCCAGUAGGAGCAGCGGGUCAGCUGAGCGACUGUCAAAGGAUGAGACGAAGUCGGAGCAGGCCAGCGGCUCUGUCGACAAGACCUCGAGUGGUAGCGGCUGGGACGAGGAACCUUCUACCAAGACUACAGUAAUAGAGCCAAGCAGCGAUUCAUGGGAUGAGCCUCACCACGGCAUCGCACUCGCCGGUCGCAAGCCCUCUCCUGAGUCGCCGAACCGCCAGAGCAAAAGCUCGUCGAAGCGACGCGACGAGGCCGCACAAGUCAGCUCGCCCGUGACCAUUCAUACUCGUCCUCGUCUCCCCUCUGUGCCCACUCAUUUCAACUCGGAUGGCUCAUUCUCGCCGUCCAGACUGCGUCGGGAAGAAGACGCAGACGGUUGGCGAUCCGCACAGCAAGAAGAGACUCCCACAAGGGGUAAAAAGGCGGGCAAUCGCGGCCGAUCUGGGCUUCACAGGAGCAGUCCGACGAAGAGCAGCGUCGCGCUCCCCGCCACCAUCGACCACGCUGGUCUUGGCGCAUCCACGUCCUCGCCCGUUCGCAGCCAGCCCAGCCAUGCGGCACGUUACGACAAUGGCAUCGUUCAACGCUCCGCUACUGAUGCUCCCCAAUCGUCCUGGGACCAGUGUACGACCUUCUACGAGCCCGGCCCACCGACCAUGUCGCUCAAUCACGGUCUCAUUCCUGGUCCCCACCCAUUCUCCUCGCCAGAUGAUAUUCCGCGCUGGGACCCAAUGUUUUACGAUGGGGCGAGAUUCUGGCCCGCUGUGCCCAUGCACAUGCACGGUCAUCUGAUGCACCAUGAGCACCACCACCAAGGCGAGGGAGAUCAAACUUCGUUCCCCUCUGCUCCACCUGCUCCCGGCCAGCCGCAGUAUUGGCAGCCAGACGCUCAAGGCGAGCAGCGUCCGCCGCUGACUGCACCUGCCCAAGGUCAGCCUGCAACUCCCGCUCCAGCUCCAUCUGCGCAUUUGGCCGGCCCGAUGAUGGAUGUUCCCGCAGCAGCAAUGCAGCUCGUCACGCAGGUCGAGUAUUACCUCAGCGAGCGCAACCUCUCAGGAGACGUCUUUCUGCGUUCGCAGAUGGAGCCGGCGGCCGGCUGGCUACCACUGAGUCUCAUCGCCAGUUUCAGGAGGCUGCGUAGCAUGUGUGACGACCUGGGCGUUUCUUUGGAACACCCCGAAGUCAAGGGGAGGCUGUUACACAGCUAUCACGUUGAGCUCGAUGAGGAGGGGCGAAGGAUCCGAAAGCGCCAUGAGUGGGAAAAAUGGCUACCACCGCCCCCGGGUCCGCCUCCUAGUGGCCUCAUCAACUCUGUGCCGACGCAUCACUCCAGCAUGCCGCCCAUGCCCGUCAGCUACUCAUAUGAGGGCCCGGGAGGUCCUUUUCCCUUUGCAGUCUACACUCCUCGCCCCGAAGAGAUGGCAUCUGGUCCCAUUCCUCCGCAUCCACCCAGCAUCCCCUUCUACCCAUCGCAGCCGCACUAUCAUUCGCCUCAUCCCGCCAACAUCUACUCCGCAGCCCAACCCAACAUGACGCCGACGACGCCAUCGAGCUCUGCUCUAUCAUAUCCUAACAUGAUCUCUGCUCCGCCACCCGGCAUGCACGCGUCUGGCCGACCAACGCCGCAUCGCCUGGGAAGCUGGCAAGAUCCAAUCCCUCUGCACUACGACUUCCAUGAUGGCCUCUAUUCACCAGUUGCGCCUGAUGCUGGAAAUCUUGCGAUGACGGGAGGCAAUCAGCAUCCACAGCAGCAGCAGCAGCAGCAGCCGACGGCUUCUCGGGCGUACUAUCAAGCUCAGCCUUACCAUCAGCAGCAAAUGCCCCACACAGUCGACGGCUCUACCCCCGCCACACGCAGAUAUCCAGACAGCAAUACGAGCAACGACGCUCGGCAGCUGGCACCGGCUGUAGUCCUCGGCAGGGGCAGCAGCGACUCAACACCUUCCGGUGGCGCGUUACCACCUCAUCCACACUCACACAGGGCACCGCCAGGGGCGUCCCUCGAGCGUCAAGUUAGCCAGCAGACUGACGCCACCAACGCCACGACGGCGACGUCGGCGAUAAGCAGUAGCAGCAGCGGUGAGAUGGCAGGACUGGGCCUCGGCCUAGGUGGCGGCGCAGUGGACGACACGAGGCGGCCGUCCGUGACUACAAGCGCUACGACGGCCACCAGCCAAAGUGAGGGCUCGGCAACGUCGAUGAGCCCAGACGCGCAGGCGAAAAUGCAAGCAAAGACUUCGCCAAGUGACACGCCAUUGAAGGGGAAGUCGAAGACGAGCGCGACAAAGGCUGGUGUCGCUGCAGGUCAAAAGGCUACGCAAGUGUCGCCGGAGAUGUCUCAUCAACAGAGCAAUGGGGAGGGUUCGGCGCUUGCUGCAAAGCAUCCAUCCGUGGCGUCGCACUCGGCACACUCUUCUCACACGGGAGAAGAGUCUGAGGAUGAUUGCUUGGGCAUUGUGGCCGCAGAAGGGCUUGGCGGUCUGGUCGAGGCGAAUGCGAAGUGAGCAGGGCAACUGAAGCAACAGCAGCGGGAGCAGAAGGCACUUGCGAAUUGAGGGCAGCCUCGUGGAGUGGCUUGUCAAGCGGCGCUCUUGAAUUGCUCCUCUGGAUCUCA